AUGAGCGAACCCAACCAGGCACCGCCCGCCACCGCCGCCAGCGGCAAUGCUCCUCGCCGACGAAGCUCCAGCUGGAUGCCCGCGUUCGAAUCCCUUCAGCAGCAGAAGAACAGCCAGGAUGCCGCUCGCCGCCAGAGCAUGUCUGACCAGCAGGCCAAGGGUGGCAUCUUCAGCCAGUUCUUCCACAAGUACGUCCAUCCUCUCGGCAUCCGUCCGCUGCCGCCCUUGUUAUGA